GCCCACCACAAUGGGCGUCACGCGCGGCCCCCUGGCGAGCUCGGCGGCCACGGGCCCCGAGGCCGCCGCCUCGGACUCCGCGACGAGCGAGGAGGAGAUCUAUGCCGCGGUGCCGGGCAUCGCCCACUGCAAGUCGAACCCGAGGAUCCCAGGGUCGGUGUUUCCCUGGCACUGGCACUGGGGCUACGCCGUGCUCAUCUCCUUCAUUGUGGCCUCGCUGGUGGCCGUGGUGGCCACGGGGCGCGGCGAGGAGGGCAGCGCAUCCACCCUGCGGCUGUCGCCGCCGCGCUACCAGGAGCAGACGCGGAUCAUCGACGUCCCGCCAGCGGGCCGCUCGGCAGCCGCCGCGGUGGGCCCCGAGCGGCCCGCGCACCUGGAGGGGGCGCCCGUCGCAGCAGGGGACAAGCCGACGGGACCCGUGGUCCUGGCGCCGCCUGGGCCGCCGCGCAGGCGGCCGCGGUGCGCCGGGCCGGGGCCGUGCUCGCUGGGCGGGCUGUUCGAGUGCCCGCAGCUGCUGGAGGUUGCCACCGACAACCUGAUGCAGCUGGGCCGCAAGGUCCUGGACGACGCCGACCGCGACCUGGCCGCCCGCAUCGUCGCGGAGAGCUUCGGGAACUUCAGCACGCAGCUCCGGGCGUUCGCCCCGCAG